AUCUCAAGAUGGAAAAUGCCGCUUUGCGCUUUCUACAAAGAUGGUUGAUGGCGUUCAUCGUUCCAAAAGUGACAAUUUUUGAUUUAUCGUUUUAGAAUCGCUGUAUUAUUGUGUUUUAUAUUAGUUAUUUGUUUUGAUUCUACUGUGACUAUGUGAAGAUUUUGAAUCAAGGCUGAUAUACGCUGAUAAUGGCUUGGAAACAUAGAUGAGAAACAUUCAAGGUUCUGAAGUUUCUACAAUGAUUGGUUAAUAAUUAUAACUCAAUAUGGAGAACGACCAAAAAGAUGGCAGCACUGAAGGUGCCACAACUACCAACCUGAAAACGGUUGGCACUCCUGUCGUCAAAAAAUCAGCUGUUGACGGUGAAGUCGAUCAGAACAGUGUAGCCAACUGUAACAAAUCUGAGAUCUCGGACAGUGCUAGCGAUGUGCCUGUCUCAAACGAUAAAACUGACAACGGUCCAGUUGAAUCUUCCGAAAUAGCUUCGAAUAGUGAAAAACUGAACAACAGUGUAGAUAAAACUGUAGAACGUUUGUCGGAUAGUUUAGAUAAUAGUUUGAGGGACGAUAGUGUGGGUAGUUCACGUAUGGAACAGACUUUGAUGGGUGAGAAAUCGGAAAAGGAUGUCGUGGAUGUGGGUACACCGAAAAGUGACAGUUUGCUUGCGGAAAUGCGACAGAUUUGCAAUAAAACUGUGGCUGAUGAAGAGGCGAUGGAUGUUGAUGAAUCUUUAACAAUACCGGAUGAUGGGGAUAGUGCUUCCAAGCUGUUAGAAGCUCCAAAAACUUGUUCUAGUAUUAUUAAGGAGGGUGAAAAACUAGUUGAAACCGGCAGCAAGUUGAAAGGUAGCGUGGACCAGGACGAUAGUAAUCUGGGAUUGGAUGAAUCCAGCACGAAUAUGAGCGAAACGUGUUCGAAGUUUGUGUUGCAAGACUGUGAUCAGGAUUUGUCCCAGGAUGAAGUCCAGGAUGUGAACUGCAUUGAUCCUUUUGCACAGACCGGGGAUGAAAGUAUGGAGGUCGAUGAAGUGGUGGAUGACGUGAAGGAGAAGGAGAAAGAAAAAGCGGAGGAGAAAGAAAGUAGAAAGACAGAGGAGGAAAAGGAGAGUGAAGAGAAAGAGGAGGAGAAAAAAGAAGGUGAGGAAAAACGUGUUGAGGAGGAGAAAGUUGGAGAUGAUGAGGGAGAAUUAGAUAAAGAUGGGGGAAAGAAAGAUAGUGGAGAAAAGAAUGAGGAGGAAUCAGGUGAGGUUAAGAAGGUGAGUGAAGAGAAGAGAUUGGAUGAAAGUGGUGAUGGAAAAGUUGUAGAGAACGAGGUUGAGGAAGAUGGUCUAGAUGAAGCUAUGGAGGUUGAUGGUAAACUACAAUCAAAACCAACUGAGGAAAAGGAUCUCGAAAAUGAGGAGAAAAACGAGGAAGACUGCGUAGAAAAACUGAGUGAAGAAAGUGUUGAUAAAGACGCUGUCAAGGAAAGUGAGAAUAAUUCUAGUAAAGAUGUGUUGAAUGUAGAAAAGGGUGAAAAUAGUUCUAGUAAAGAAGUGCUGACUGGUGAGAAAAGUUCUAGUAAAGAGGUGGAAUCUAUUGAUAAAGAUGAGAGUAGUUCAAAUAAAAAGGUGGUAUCUAUUGAUGAAGAUGGAAAUAGUUCUAGUAAAGAGGUGUCGACUGUUGAUAAAGAUGGGAGUAGUUCAAGUAAAGAGGUGGUAACAGGUGAAGAAAUUGAAAAAAGUAGUACGAAAAAAUUGGUGGCUGAUAAGGAUAAAAAUAGUUCUAGUAAAGAAGUAGACAACGAAGAGGAUGAUUGUGUGCUUGUAGUGGAGGAUGGGGAGAAGAAGGGAGAAAGUGAAGAGAAGAAAGGAGAAGAAGAGCAGAAAACAAAGGAGGAGAGUAGUACAGAUGGGGGAAAGAAAAGUGGUGAUAAAGUAAGUGAAACUCCUAUGAUUAAAGUGAUAAGUCUGGCUUCUUCCUCUUCUCUUUCUUCCAAUAACGAGGAUGGUGCAGCGAAGAAAACUGAAGGAAAAGAAGCGGAUAAGGGAGGAUCGGCAGAGAUUGAAAUAGACGAAGACAUCUGUAUAAUUCCGGAUACGGUGAGACUACCGCCGGGUAAGGACGGUAAGAAUGGUAGUACCCCCUCCACUCCUGUAGCGUCCACUAGUGGCAACAAAGUUCUGAAUGAAGUUUCGUCGUUCACGAAUCGGAUAAAAGUUGUCAAAAUGGAAACGGAAGUCAAGCAGGAAUCUCCGACAUCGUCGAGACCCAAACGGCAGGCUGCUACCAAGGCUGAUGCGCAGAUUAAGGCCACAGUAAAAGAAUUCGAACUGUACAACGACGAAGAGGAGAGAGAGAAGGAAAAUGAAGAAGAUGAUAACAAACUGUGCAAGCAGUGUCAAAAGGUAAAGCCAUGUAAAUUCAACAUUCUGAACAAGAACAAAGUGGUGAGUCACCUCUGCAGCGAGGAAUGUGUGCAUGGGUAUAAGAACGCACUGCUGGCCGCCGAUAGGGCGCGCGGUGUGGGAGGAGGUGUGCCCAGCAGCCCGGCGGGCGCGGCUAGCGGUCCGGUGGGCAGGGCCAGCAGCGGCACUGGUGGGGGAAGCAGCAGUGGUGGGGGUAACGUACACAUCAACGAGGCGGGAGAGUUUGAGCGUGCGUGCAGUCAGUGUCGGUCGGCCCUCGUGAUGGGUGAGAGUGUCCUCAGCUGGGAGACCAUGGACUUCUGUAACGAGGAUUGUUUGAGCAAGUACCAGAAUUGCUUGGGUUCUCACUGUGCCUACUGCAGCAAGUCAGUGCAGCAGAGCAGCCUUGGCAAGUACUGUGUGAGGUUCGGAUACCACAUUCGCCAGUUCUGCAGCGCCAACUGUCUGGAGGAGUACAAGCGAGGACUCAAGGUGUGCAGUUUCUGUCAGAAGGACAUAUCCUCCUUGGAGACUGGCUUCCUGGCACCUGUCGGGGAUAAGGGCACUUUCAAGGACUUUUGCACGCAGCAGUGCAUGGAGCAGUACGACCGUCUGAGCAACAACCAGCCGGCGCCGGCGGAGACGCACCCGUGCGACGUCUGCAAUGAGACCAAGCUGGUCUGCGUACAAGUCGCCGUCGACUCCAAGCUCAGCAAACUCUGCUCCGAGGUCUGUUUUGCCGCCUUCAAGUUCGUCAACGAGGUCACUGUCGAUGAAUGCGACAUGUGCCACAAACACUUUGACAGGAACACACUUCGUAGCGACAACCUGACCGUGUUCUAUGAUGACAAGCAGUACAACUUCUGCUGCAAGUCGUGCAUGAACGCCUACAUACUGGGCAAGCGCAAAAUUGUCCCAUGCAACUGGUGUAAGGUGAAAAAGUACAACUUUGACAUGAUCAAGCGAGUUCUGGAAUCAGGACAGACGCUGAUGAUGUGUUCGCUCAACUGUCUCACGCUGUACAAGGUCUCUAUCAACGCUGUUUCAUCACGCAGGAUCAAGUGCGACAAUUGCGGAUCGGUGUCGCAAGCCCAGUACCACCUGACAAUGUCGGAUGCGACCAUUCGCAACUUCUGCACGUAUCCGUGCGUAAUGAACUUCCAGGGCCAGUACAGCAAGAACCCCAUCACACUGCCGGGCGGCCAGCAGACGCCUAUACCCACCGGGGGACCUAAACGUGCCAUUACAACCGUGAACGCUACCAAGGAUACAAGAACAGGAUCUGUGCCAGUAAUUCAGUCAGUAACGUCUUUAGCGACAACCAAUGGCCAGGUUGCUACAAGUCUUCUCCAGUCAUCACCUACUGUCAAUUCUUUAUCACCUGCGGUGUCGUCGGUGAAAAGCGUGACAGUGACCAAGAACAGCGCCGGCAUAGUGUCGGUGGGAGUGCCUGCUGGGGGGGCAGCGACAGGCAGUGUGGUGCCAGGUGUAGCACCAGGCGCGGCGACCACAACCAGCUGUCAGACGUAUGUGAUGGUGCGCGAACGGUGUCCGCCUGCCAUGGCCAACAAGGCCACAUUCUUCCGGCCCACCUCGCACACAAAGGGCGUGUCCUGUCGGCCGCAUGCCACCAGCCAGGCGACGCAGACCGAUGUGUCAGGACGCGACGGCAAAACAGUGAUGAUUCCAAUUCCGGUUCCCGUCUACAUUCCCGUUCCAGUGCACAUGUACUCGAUGCCAACGCCCGUUCCGGUUCCGUUCCCCAUUCCGGUGCCCGUUCCUGUUUUCAUUCCGACCACGCGCAACUCGGCACAAGGCAUCAUGGACGAGAUUAAGAGGAUACACGAGAAAAUCCCUACGGAUCCGUUCGAAGCGGAGUUGCUGAUGAUGGCACAAGCCGUGGCUGAGGAGAAGAGGGAUGCGAGUGGCAGUGAGGCGGAGGCGGAGGGAGUGGCGGCCAACAGUGACAGAGAGGUGUCACCCGAUCGGCAAUCUGACUCGCCAGGAGAAGCUAUGAUGGCUACCAAUGACGUAGACGCGGGUGGUGCGGACACGUGUGACGGUGAUAAUGACGUGACGUCAUCGAUCAGCUGUGACGUCACCUUGGAUGACGAUUUGGACUCUCAGCUGACGCCUUCUACCAUCACGCCGACGGUGGUCCAACAGUCCAGCGAAAAUGAAGAGGAUGUGGACGACCCGGGCUACGGCGAGACACCGCCUCCGGCGAAACGGGGCAAACGGGGGCGGCCGUUCUCGGUGCGUGGGGGCGGCUACACGGGGGCCAAGCGGGGGCGGCGGCCGGGUAACCAUGUCCUCACUCACACCAACUCCAGCGAAGAUGGACCUGUUCUCAAGUACAUACUAGGCGUGCAAGCGUACAAACAGUGGGUGCAGGCGCGUAACAGCAACUAUUACGUGGCCGAGUCGUCGCCGAAUCGCCGGGUGCCGAUCAAACCCGACCUGCUGAAACAGAAACCCGAGGAGCUCGCCUACUCGAUGACGCUGUUCGUGCGGGAAGCGCGCAAGCCGAGCGGAGCGGCCUAUCCGGCUGACACCAUCUACUACUUCUGCCUGGGCAUUCAGUACUAUCUGUUCGACAACGGUCGGUCGGAGAACAUUUUCACCGACGCGCUGUUCGAGGCGUUCACCGUUGCACUAGAGGAGCGGCUGCAGAGUUUUCCGUCGGCGUUGGAGGAUGCUCCAUCGGUAGUAGUGACGAGGGUGGAAGAGGAACAUCUGUGGGAAAGUAAACAGCUGGGGGCUCACUCUCCACACGUCUUGCUCUGUACGCUCAUGUUCUUCAAUACCAAAUACUUCAAUCUAGUGACAGCGGAGGACCACAUGAAACUGUCGCUCUCGCAGAUAAUGAAGCACUGGAAGAAACCGGGCAACAAUGCCCCGGUGACCGGCACUCGCAACGUAUUGCUCCGGUACUAUCCCGUGAAUGUCGACAGCGCGAAACGGAGCAGCGGCGGCAAGCGACUGCUCUACGAACAGCACGAAAAUGAGACCGACCCGCUCAGGUGCCCGGUGAAGCUAUACGAGUUCUAUCUGUCCAAAUGCCCGGAAAGUGUGAAAUCGAAGGGCGAACUGUUCUACCUGCAACCGGAGCGCUCAUGUGUACCCGAUAGUCCCGUCUGGUAUUCUACGCAAGCGCUAGCUGAGGAGUCGCUCACCAGAGUGCUGAAUCGGCUAAAAAUGGUCAAAGAGAUCAAUAUCGCUGUGCUCAAGGUGUAGAGGUUGUUCAGUGCUUCAACUCUGCAGUGUUUAUAGACGACUUUACGUUGAGUGGACAAGGUACAGGUAAUAGAUUUAAUUGUGAUGUAGUGGGUAUGAACACUGAACAUUAAAACAUUCUCAAUUUGAUUUGUGGUUCUCAGGAGUGGUUUUCACCUCUGAUAGAAUAAUAGACAAGUAAAAAAUUUCAACGUGAUAUGGUGGGUAUAAUCACUAAGCAAUGAAACAUUCUCAAUUUCAUCUGUUGUUUUGGACUCUGAAAUAAUAAUAGAC